AUGUCGAUUCUCAUCACUGGCGCAGGAGGUUAUGUAGGCCAGGAACUGGCCGCUUCGCUCCUCGCAAGCACACCGGCCUCAACAACCGUGACAAUCACCGAUGUCGUCGAGCCCGAGAUCCCCGAGGCGGCCAAAGAACACGCAAGCCGUCUCACCUGCGUCAAGGCCGAUCUUACCUCGACCGAAGCCGUCGACGAAUUGAUCAGCGCAUCCCGUCCCUACGAGACAGUCUACAUUCUCCAUGGAAUCAUGUCCAGUGGCUCCGAGGCCAACUUCGAGCUGGGAAUCCGCGUCAACCUCGACGCAACUCGAUAUAUCCUGGACCGGCUACGCGCAACCAUGCCGGGAGUGAAGGUCGUCUUCACCUCAUCGCUGGCAGUCUAUGGCCUUGCACCCCCCGGAUUUGUUAUCAGCGAAAAGAACUUCCCAGCCUCGCCAUCAACUUCAUACGGAUCGCAGAAACUCAUCAUCGAGACCUUGUUGAACGACUACUCGCGACGAGGCUUCUUGGAUGGUAGAUGCAUGCGUCUACCCACUGUGACAGUGCGAGCUGGGAAGCCCACGCAGGCUGCCAGCAGCUUUGCUAGUGAUAUCAUCCGCGAACCCUUCCACGGCAGGAAGGCGGUUCUACCUGUGUCCAAGGAGACGGAGGUGUGGAUCUGCUCGCCAUACACUAUUAUCAAGAACUUGAUGCAUGCGCGUACAGUCCCUAAAGAGGCAUUUGGAGAGUCAAGAUCUGUGAAUUUGCCUGGAUUGAAGGUCACUGUUCAGCAGAUGUUGGAUUCACUUCUGGAAGUCGGUGGUAAGGAGCGUCGGGAUCUUGUGGAGGAGAAAUACGAUGCUGCUACCGACAAGAUUGUGCAGACUUGGACUCCUCAGUUUGAUACCACUCGGGCUUUCGAGUUGGGCUUUGCGGCGGAUAUUUCUAUGGAGGAGAAUAUUAGGCGGUUUGCCAGCCGGUUUGUAUGA